AUGGAAGACGAUGAUGCCCGAGGAGAACGCCAAGGCUCGACCUCGAACGACGGCAGUCGAGAAACAGCUCCUGAGACUCAGAGCCGUGGUACCCACAAUGAUCACCAGCAACAAUCUACCACCAAGGAAAAAGAUAACAAUGAGGGAGAUGGAGUCAACGCUGGUAAAGAUGGUGAAGAUCAGAUCUCAAGGCAUGAUGAUCCAAAUGUACUAAGUACUGAAAGCGACGACGACAUUGACCAACAAGAGAGCGAUGGCCAGUCAUAA